CGUGUGAACGGUGUGAACGAUUAAAGCGGUGUGGGCAAUACGAGGCAAAUUUUUAUAAUCAUUAUAUUGCGUAGCAGUAAAACGCUGGGACGUGAUAGUGUAAGACUGACAGAUUUGAUUUUAAGAGUGUCAGAAGAAAAUUUUCUGGUGCAAAAAUGCCGGCUAAAAUCCCAACAGUAGAGAUUGCUAAAGGAGUUCAGAUGCCAGUAAUUGGGCUGGGAACAUAUUUUCAACCAGAAGUAGGAGAUGCAACAAAAUGGGCUAUCGAUGCCGGGUAUCGCUUGAUUGAUACAGUAGAAUUGUAUAAAAAUGAAGAGGAUAUUGGAAAGGCGCUCAAAGAGACACUAGAAAAGGGAGUAGUUAAGCGGGAGGAAUUGUUUAUUCUGUCCAAGGUCUGGAGCUAUCAUCAUCGUGAAGAUGAAGUUGUGGAAGCCUGCAAAAAUAGCCUGAAGAAGCUUCAGCUCGACUAUCUCGAUCUCUAUCUUAUUCAUCUGCCGAUUGGAUUGAACUUCCACAAGGAAGAUGUGUACUUUCCCUAUCGCGAGGAUGGUGUCCUGGACACCAAUGAUAUUGACUACCUGGAGACAUGGCGUGGGAUGGAAAAAUGCGUAGAAUUGGGACUUACCAAAUCCAUUGGAAUUUCCAAUUUUAACUCUCGCCAAAUCGAAAGGAUCCUCUCAGUUUGCAAGAUUAAACCAUCAAGCCUCCAGGUUGAGCUCAAUCCUCAUGUUACCCAGAAGGAGCUCCUCAAAUACUGCAAAGAAAAAAAUAUCGCUGUGAUUGCCUAUACACCCAUAGGACGUCCCAAUUUGCAGGAAAAAACACCAAACUACAUCUUUGAUGAUCGUGUCCUGGCCAUUGCACAAAAGUACGGAAAAACAGCUACCCAAAUCAUCCUCAGAUAUUUAAUUGAUUGCGGUGCGUGUCCCAUUCCGAGAUCAGUCAACAAACAGAGAAUCGAAUCCAACAUCGAUAUCUUUGACUUUAACUUGACACCGGAGGAAAUAUCAGUGAUUGACUCAUUCAACGCAAAUAAACGAUUUUGCAAAUUUACAGAUGCAAAGGGCCAUAAAUAUCACUUUUUGGGACCAGAAGACUUUUAGAGAUCCUGCAUUUUUUUAAAAUAAUUUUUGCAUGCUUCAAAGAGAAAAUUAAAAUGAAAUUGGGAAAAUUGAAAUCAUAAAUUGGCUGAAUUAAAAGAAAAAUAAAAUUCAUUUAAUUAAUUAAA